GUUGACUAUAUAUAUAUAUUUAGUAUAAUAGUAUAAUAGUAUAAUAAGUAUUAGACAUUAAUUAGAGUAUUUUACUAAUUACACGAAUCAAUAGAUCCAUCCAUGCCUUUGGGUAACUUACUUAAAGUUAAUAAAUUUGUUAUACGGGGAUUCACGUGACUGGAACCGUUCCUGCAUAGACGCACACUCCCACUCACACUCCCAAAGUCGCUUCCCAGUCCAAAAAUUGGUAAUCGAAGCUCCAGAAGCGUUUGCCACUAUUAAAUUGAACAUUAGAUCAGGUGUAACUGAUUAGUCGGGAUCAGUAUGUUAGCGAAUAGGAGCCAGAUCAGGCAUAUAGCACAAAUUAGUGCCAGAGCUGGGGCUGCCCGAUUGGGACUAAAGUUGGGAUUGGGGUUUCGAUACGCUUCCAGAUCAGUUCGAACAGAUUGGAUGACAGAUUCCUUUAAUCAAGUUCAACAAUAUCGUACUUCAAAUAUUAAAUCAUGGAUGGAUUUGGAUACUAUAGUAUUAACCGAUAAAUCCAAGAAUGAUACUGAUAAGAUUGUUGAAAAUGAUAUAAUAGAGAAUGAACAAGAUGAAAGUAUCGAUGAAAAGGAAGCGGAAAAGGAACAGGAAUCGGAAUCCGACCCCGAACCCGACUUUGAAUCCGAAUCGGACAAGUCCUCAGAUAUUGUAGAGAAUAUUGAAAAGGAUUCAAAUAUACUGGGAUCUUCUACUAGUUCAGUUGGUGCAGCAUCUGGAGCUAGUGGAAAUGGUAAUGGCAGUGGAAGUGGUAAAGGUAAAGGAAAUGAUGAUGGUAAUGAUGAUGAUUUAACAGGAAAACAUAAAGUAAAUCAAGAAACAGGAUUAUAUCCUCCAUUACUUGCAAUUCCUAUGAAAGAUCGUCCACCACUUCCAGGUCGACCAUUUGCAAUUAAUUUAACUGAUAGUGAAGUUAUAAAUUCCAUAUAUACUAUAGAAGGUAGAGGUGAAGGAAAUUUUGUAUUAUUUCAUGUAAAGGAUCAAAAUGAACCAGAUGCAGAUGUAAUUCAAAGUAAAAAUUCAGUUCAUACUAUUGGAGUUCAUUGUCAUAUAUUAAAACAUUCAACUCCAAAAGCAGGAGUAUUUAAUUUAGUUGGUUAUCCUCUUGAAAGAUGUCAAUUAGAAGAACUUAGUACACCAAAAAUGAGAAAUUCUAAAGAUUAUAAAUCUAAUCCACUUAAUUCAUUCCAUCUUAAUAAUUUUAAAGUAUCUUAUGCUACUGUUAAACCAGUUAAAGAUGAACCAUAUGAUAUUCAAUCAACUGAUAUUACAUCAUUAGUUGAAUCAUUAAAAUCACUUUUAGGUAAAUUAGGUAGUAAAAAUCCUCUUGAAAAAUUACAAAUUAAAGAAGGAACAAUUAUUGUAAAUGAUCCAUCAAGAUUUGCUGAUUUUGUUGGAUCAACAAUUCAUGGAAAUCCUAAACAAAUUCAAGAAAUUUUAGAAGCUAUAAAUAUUGAAACUAGAUUACAAAGAGCAUUAGAAUUAUUAAAAGUUGAAUUAAAGGCUAAUAAAAUCAAAGAAUCAACCAUUCAUAAUCUUAGUUCAAAAGCUGAUGAACUUCAAACUAGAUUAUUUAUAAGAGAAUUUAUUAAAGAAUUGCAAAAGAGAGCGGGGAUUGUUGAAUCAGAUGAUAAGACAUCUAAAUUUGAUGAAAGAAUUAAACAUUUAAAAUUGACUGAUGAAGCCUUAGAAGCUUAUAAUACUGAAAAGGCAAAAUUAAAUGCUCAAAGUGAACAUUCUGGUGAAGCAAGUGUAAUUGAAAGAUAUUUAGAUUGGUUAACAUCAAUUCCUUGGGGAAUUUAUACCAAGGAUAGAUUUAAUAUUAGAGAAGCAAGAAAGAUUUUAGAUCGUGAUCAUUAUGGUUUAAAAGAUGUUAAAGAAAGAAUUCUUGAAUUUAUUUCUCAAGGUAGAAUAUCAGGAAAAGUUGAUGGGAAAAUUUUAUGUUUAGCUGGUCCACCAGGUACAGGUAAAACUUCAAUUGCAAAAUCAAUUGCUGAAGCAUUAGAUCGUCGUUAUGUAAGAAUUGCUAUGGGAGGUAUUCAAGAUGUUCAUGAAGUUAAAGGUCAUAGAAGAACUUAUGUUGGAUCAGUUCCUGGUAGAAUUAUUCUUGCUUUAAAACAAGCAAAAACUUCAAAUCCUCUUAUGUUAAUUGAUGAAAUUGAUAAACUUGAUUUAAGUCGUAGUGGAGGAGCUGCUUCAGCUUUUCUUGAAAUUCUUGAUCCAGAACAAAAUCAUGCAUUUGUUGAUACUUUUAUGGAUGUAAAAGUUGAUCUUUCAAAAGUAUUAUUUGUUUGUACUGCUAAUUAUUUAGGUAAUAUUCCACCUCCCUUAAGAGAUCGUAUGGAAAUUAUUGAUGUAUCAGGUUAUUCAAAUAAUGAAAAAAUUGAAAUUGCUAAAAGACAUCUUAUUCCUGAUGCAAGUAAAAAAGCUGGUUUAGAAGAAGGUAAAGUUAACAUAAGUACUGAAACAAUUGCUAGAUUAAUUGAUAAAUAUUGUAGAGAAAGUGGGUUAAGAAAUGUUAAGAAACUUAUUCAAAGAAUCUUUAGUAAAGCUUCCCUUAAGAUUGUUGAAGAAGUUGAAGCUAGAGAUGAAGCCAAUCCAAAACCUGAAGUUGAAGUUGCAGCUGCCACAACUGUUAAGACUGAAGAAAUUGAAACCAAUGUUAAGGAAGAAGCAACCACUAAGACUGUCAAGUCAAAGGCUAAGGAAGAAAAGAAACUGAAGGCCAAGGAAAAAGGAAAAGAAAAGGAAAAAGUCAAGGAAAAAGAAAAGGAGAAGGGCACAGCUUCAUUGGUUGUAGAAGAACCAAUCGAAGAGCCUGAACCUGUUAAAUUGGAUAUUCCUGAAGAUAUAGUACUUAAUAUUACUCCAUCGAACUUAAAGGAUUAUGUUGGACCUGAAAUCUAUACUCGAGCCAGGGUUUAUGAUCUUUUACCAGCUGGGGUUGCUACUGGACUUUCGUAUAGUACAUCAGGUAAUGGAGAUGCCCUUUAUAUUGAAUCUAUUUUAACUCAAUCAAUUGGUUCUGGUUCUGGUCAUGCAGGUAUGCAUGUUACUGGUAGUUUAAAGGAUGUUAUGAAAGAAUCAGCUUCUAUUGCUUAUUCAUUCACUAAACUGUAUAUGGUAAAGAAUUUCCCAGAAAAUCGAUUCUUUGAAGCUGCUGAAGUUCAUGUUCAUUGUCCAGAUGGAGCUAUUCCAAAAGAUGGUCCAUCUGCUGGUAUUGCAUUCACAUCUUCUUUAAUAUCUCUUGCUUUAAAUAAAUCAAUUCCUCCUACAAUUGCUAUGACUGGUGAAAUAACUGUUACUGGUAGAGUUUUAGCCGUAGGAGGAUUAAGAGAAAAGAUUUUAGGAGCUAAAAGAUAUGGUUAUGAUCAAAUUAUUUUCCCUAAGGAUAUAGAAAAUGAAUUAGAAGAAAUUCCUCAAGAAGUAAAGGAAGGAGUAACUUUUUAUCCAGUUGAAUGGUAUCAAGAAGUUUUCGACAAGAUCUUUCCUGAUAUUCAAAAGGAUGAAGCCAAUCAAGUUUGGAAACAAGAAUUUGCCAAAUUAGAGGAAAAGAAAGCCAAACAUAAUCUGAAAAAGUAGAUAGAUACAUACACAUAUAAAAACAUUAAUUCUUUGU